GGUUCUGCCAUUCAGCAACUAAAACAUGACCAACAUGGUUUCCUUAAACACCCUAGUUCUGCUCCUUGCAGCUCUUGUUCUGUCCCCUCAAGUGCUUGCUAACUAUGAAAAACCUUACAAGCCUCCAGUCGAAAAGCCUCCUGUGCACAAGCCCCCAGUACAAAAACCACCAGUUUACAAGCCACCAGUAGAAAAACCACCGGUCUAUAAGCCACCAGUUCACAAGCCUCCAGUUGAGGAGGAAAAACCAGUUUACAAACCACCAGUUCACAAGCCACCAGUGCACAAGCCACCGUAUAGGAAGCCACCUGUGCUUGAGUCACAAUACGAGAAACCAUCUGUCUAUAAGUCCCCACCAGUUUACAAGCCACCAGUUCACAAGCCUCCCGUAGAGAAACCACCAGUUUACAAGCCACCGGUUCACAAGCCACCGGUUGAGCAACCACCGGUUCACAAGCCACCAUAUGGAAAACCACCCGUGCAUGAAUCUCAAUAUAAACCUCCUAUUCAUAAGUCCCCACCAGUUUACAAGCCACCACACCCUAAGUACCCUCCUGUUUCCAACUGAGGCACCCACCUGUGAUGUUCUGAUAAUGCUGUUUUAAUUAUAUGCAGAAAAUAAGAGGUGUAACCGCUGCCAUUUUCAUGUUAUAGUUUAGUUUACAUAUUCUGGCAAGGAUUA